GCGAUAUUUUCUUGUUUUUUACCAUACCUAAUACGGCCCUAUUUUUGUUUUAUAAGUUUAUACAAGAUGGGCAGCAGGUUGUUGUCAUUUGUUGCGAGUAACUGGAAGACUUCUGCAUUAAGACUUGGAAAUCAUGUAAACUUUCUAAGCGUUCCAUCAACAUUUUUGUUUUCCCGAAAUACAAGCUUUUUUAACAAAUUACCUGCUGAAGAUAUAUGGCGCGGAGUAACAGCUGUUAGUAAUGCUGGUAAAAAAAGAGGACGCGGAAAGGGGACAGGAAGAAAAAUUGCGAAGGAUCUUAAUAGGGGUCAGACAAUCGGAUUCGGAAAGAAAAGUUUAAUAUGGCCAGGUUUAAAUACACCGAUUCUACGCGGAAACGAACUUAUUCAGCAGCAAAAACAAUCGGAAAACUUAGAUAGAGAAAAAAACAUAAUUAGUUUGCGGGACUCUGUUGGUAAUUUUAAACAAACCAAAUUAAACUCAAUUGAUCGAGGAUGGUCUGGAACAAAAAUGCCAGGCCGCAGUACUGGUCCGCCGGAUGCUGUCGGGGAGGAUGCAUUUAAUUCAUUUGACACGCGUGUGUUGGAAAAUAAAAUUGUUUUUAUUAUGAAAGGAAAUAUGGGAAGAAAGCGAAGAUAUUCGGUUUUAUCUGUCACUGGAAAUUCGAAUGGAUUGGCUGGUUUUGCAACCGCUAAAGCUCCUGAAGUUCGAACCGCUCUUCGGAAAUCCAAAAAUCGAGCAGGACAAAAACUUAUAGCCAUAAAUCUUUAUGAAAACAGAACGAUUAAUCACGACUUUUACACUGGUUUCGGAAAAACUAAAAUAUUUGUUUUUAAGAAACCAGAGGGUCAUGGUUUGGUAUGUCAUCGGGCUAUACAAACUAUAUGCAAGGUGAUCGGAAUAAAGGACCUGUAUGCGAAAAUUGAGGGGUCAACAAACCUACAGCAUAUUGUUAAAGCAUUUUUUAUCGGACUUAUGCGUCAAAAGUCGUAUCAAGAUAUAGCUAAUGAAUCAAGUUUGCAUAUUGUUGAACGUCAAAUGGCAAAAAACGGAUUGACGGAAAUAAAAGCAAGUCCUCUAUUCGAUACGAAAACUGCAGGAAAAGAUCGCAUAAUAUAUUUUAUGCAAUUCACCUUGGGAAAUAAAAUUGUAUUAAGAAAAAAGAGAAUACCGCCUUUCUAUGUAAAUUCUAAAGGCCAUAAUUUAUAUGAAUUAAAAACAGAACGAUUUCGAAACCAAUCAAAUGUACGUCUACACAAAUUAGUAAAUUCUUAUGAAUAAGCUAUAAGCUACCGAUUGUAGUACGACUUGUUUUUAUUUAUGUAUUUAGAUUCGCACAUCUUUGUGCAUAAGCAAUAAUAACAAAUAAAAUGUAACUUAAUAAAAAAAAUAAUACAACAAG